AUGCAGCUGCAGUUCCGGAGCUGGAUGCUGGCUGCGCUCACGCUGCUCGUGGUCUUCCUCAUCUUCGCAGACAUCUCGGAGAUCGAAGAAGAAAUCGGGAAUUCUGGAGGCAGAGGUACAAUCAGAUCAGCUGUGAACAGCUUACAUAGCAAAUCUAAUAGAGCUGAAGUUGUAAUAAAUGGCUCCUCGUCCCCGGCUCUUGUUGACAGAAGUAAUGAAGGCUUUAAGCGCAACAUCCAACCAGCCUCGGCCAAGUGGAGACACAACCAAACGCUCUCUCUGAGGAUCAGGAAGCAAAUCUUAAAGUUCUUGGAUGCUGAAAAGGACAUUUCUGUCCUCAAGGGGACCCUGAAACCCGGAGAUAUUAUUCAUUACAUCUUCGACCGAGACAGCACAAUGAACGUGUCCCAGAACCUCUAUGAGCUCCUCCCCAGAACCUCUCCACUGAAGAACAAGCACUUCGGGACUUGUGCCAUCGUGGGCAACUCCGGGGUCUUGCUGAACAGCGGCUGCGGGCAGGAGAUUGACACACACAGCUUUGUCAUCAGGUGCAACCUGGCCCCGGUGCAGGAGUACGCCCGGGACGUGGGGCUGAAGACAGACCUGGUGACCAUGAACCCCUCUGUCAUCCAGCGGGCCUUCGAGGACUUGGUCAACGCCACGUGGCGGGAGAAGCUGCUGCAGCGGCUGCACAGCCUCAACGGCAGCAUCCUGUGGAUCCCCGCCUUCAUGGCCAGGGGCGGCAAGGAGCGCGUCGAGUGGGUCAACGAGCUCAUCCUGAAGCACCGCGUCAACGUGCGUACUGCAUACCCCUCUCUGCGCCUGCUGCACGCCGUCCGCGGAUACUGGCUGACUAACAAAGUUCACAUCAAAAGACCCACCACGGGCCUCUUGAUGUACACCCUGGCCACGCGUUUCUGCAACCAGAUCUACCUCUAUGGCUUCUGGCCCUUUCCGCUAGAUCAGAACCAGAACCCCGUCAAGUACCACUAUUACGACAGCCUCAAGUACGGCUACACUUCCCAGGCCGGUCCCCAUACCAUGCCCUUGGAGUUCAAGGCCCUGAAGAACCUGCACGAGCAGGGGGCUUUGAAACUGACUGUCGGCCAGUGCGACGGGGCCACGUAA